UUGCCCUGUACACUUUCCCUUCAGAGUGUUACAGCUUCUGCAUCGGCAAAAAUGCCAAACAUCUAACGUGAAUUGCAUUUAAUCGCAAUCGGCAAAAGGGAUGACCCACGUGUGCCAUAAAAUGGGAGCAUUUGGUGUUUCCAUCCUCCGCCGGUGGACCUUCCCUGUCCCUUUUCUUGCGACCACCUUAAACCUUAAGAGCUCUGUGUGUGCUUCUCACCUCCAUGAUCAGAGCUGGAAAAACAAGAGGGGAGUUAGCACGGAGGCAGCCAUGAGCCAGCCUAUUCAGGAUUUGAGCGAGCCUGAAAAAAGACUGUUGAAUAAACUUUACAAAGGAUUGAUUAGUGGACAACGGGCAUCUUUGGCUGAGUCAAUCACGCUGGUGGAGACCCAGCACCCCAGGAAGAAAGAGCUGGCCCAGGUGCUUUUGCAAAGGGUACUUGCCUAUAGAAGGGAGCAGGAAAAGUGCAACGGAGGGAAGCCGGUGGCCUUCAGAGUAGGUCUUUCUGGUCCACCGGGAGCUGGGAAGUCUUCAUUCAUUGAGGUGGUGGGCAAGAUGUUGACAAGUCAGGGGCAUAAAGUAUCGGUGCUGGCUGUUGACCCUUCCUCCUGCACUACAGGAGGGUCCUUAAUGGGUGAUAAGACUCGUAUGACUGAGCUUUCCCGGGACAUGAGUGCUUUCAUUAGGCCAUCUCCCACGUCUGGCACUCUAGGUGGGGUCACAAGAACCACCAACGAGGCCAUAGUUCUCUGCGAGGGGGCUGGAUAUGAUAUAGUCCUUGUAGAGACUGUGGGUGUGGGCCAGUCAGAGUUUGCAGUGGCUGACAUGGUGGACUUGUUUGUGUUACUGAUCCCACCAGCAGGGGGCGAUGAACUCCAGGGCAUCAAGAGGGGCAUCAUUGAGAAGGCUGACCUGGUGGUGGUGACCAAGUCGGACGGGGACCUCGUGGUGCCAGCUAGGAGAAUACAGACUGAAUACACUAGCGCACUCAAACUCCUCCGGAAAAAGUCCAAGUCCUGGAACCCCAAGGUGGUACGCGUGUCCUCCCAGACUGGCGAAGGCAUCCCCGAGCUCUGGGCUAAGAUGGAAUCGUACCAGGACACCAUGCUGGCCAGCGGCGAGCUGCAGGGCCGGCGAAGGGCCCAGCAGAAGGUUUGGAUGUGGAGCUUGAUCCAGGAGAAUGUGCUCUGCCACUUCCAAAACCACCCAGCUGUACGAGAAGAGCUACCACUCUUAGAGGACAGGGUUACCAGGGGAGCCAUCUCCCCAGGCCUGGCUGCUGACCUACUCCUCAAAGCAUUUACCUCCUCCUCCUCUUCCUACUCCUCCUCCUCAUAGUCAGAAAUGGCACUGCUGUAUCAGAGGGAGUGAUUAAACCAGCGGCUGAUGUUGUAACACGUCUUGUCAUUACGGGCAAAGUGAUAAUAAAAUGAUUCAGGUUCUGUUGUUCAGCCAGAUGGAAGCAGCAUCAGCUUUAAUCCACACUUCAUCCUUAUUCAAAGGAUAUUACUGUGUUUUUUUAACCACCCGGGUUUUAUUUUUGUAGUUUUUGCCAUCACGGCUAUCGAUUAUGAUAUCCUUUAACUCACUGGUUUCAUUGUGGAGAUUUUCGAUAUGGGACCUCCACAACAGCAUCUUACGGGGCGACAGAACACGAGCGCCAGUGCGUGUUUUAAAAAGUUCAA